CUAUCAGUCCAUUGGGUUCAAGGAAGUGUGUCCAUAAUAGGCUGGCGUAGUGAGCUGUGACUUCCAAAUUGUGUGUGUAUAAAUUGGAAGUGAAAUAAUGAAGUCAUGGCAUUAAAAUGCCUCUUCAAUAUUUUUUUCUCUCUCCUCUGAAGUUUCGGGUGUCUUCUUUGUAAACCCUUUUGCAAAUUCUAAAGAAGUAGGAUUCCCACAUCCCAAAAAUUUCUGGGAAAUCACAUUCCUUUCUAUUCGGGGGAAGUAUAUUACCGGAAACCCAAAAAAAUAUAUAAGUGUGAUACCAAGAGGAGAACUCAUAAUAUGGUCCUGCUUCUGAGGUUUUAUUGCUGAACUCAGUGAAGACCCGUCUACCUCUAUUAGAGAAAGCCAUCAUAUUUUAAAUGGAUCAAGAUAACGAAUCACACCAGCGAAAGCCAGGACUUCUAAAAGAUCAAGUCCAGUUGGUUAAGAGAAAGGACUCUGAUCGUUAUGAGAUUGUCCCAAUUCAAAAUACUCUAUCAUUUGAGAAGGGAUUCUUUAUAGUAAUUCGUGCGUGCCAGUUGUUGGUCCAAAGUAAUGAUGGAAUUAUUGUGGUUGGGUUAGCUGGUCCCUCUGGUGCUGGGAAGACAGUAUUUACGGAAAAGAUACUCAAUUUUAUGCCGAGCAUUGCUGUCAUAUCAAUGGACAACUACAAUGAUUCUAGUAGAAUUGUUGACGGCAACUUUGAUGAUCCACGCGUGACGGACUUUGAGACAUUACUCAAUAAUAUCCAUGAUCUGAAGGAAGGAAAGCAGGUUCAGGUUCCAAUAUAUGAUUUCAAGUCUGGCUCCCGCACAGGAUACAGAACACUUGAAGUUCCAAGCUCCCGUAUUGUGAUUAUUGAGGGAAUUUAUGCUCUGAGUGAAAGAUUGCGGCCUUUAUUGGACCUUCGAGUAUCUGUCAUGGGUGGAGUUCACUUUGACCUAGUCAAACGGGUUUUGCGGGACAUACAACGUGCUGGCCAAGAACCAGAAGAAAUAAUCCAUCAAAUAUCUGAAACAGUAUACCCCAUGUAUAAGGCUUUCAUUGAGCCUGAUCUCCAAGCAGCACAUAUAAAAAUCAUCAACAAAUUCAACCCAUUCACUGGAUUCCAGUCUCCUACUUACAUUUUAAAGUCAUCAAGGAAAUUGACGGAGGAUCAAAUCAAGGAUGCCGUCUCUAAAGAUCACACAGAAACUCUGGAGCAGACUUACGAUAUAUAUCUUCUUCCACCUGGUGAAGAUCCUGAAUCUUGCCAGUCAUAUCUAAGGAUGCGGAAUAGAGAUGGAAAAUACAAUCUAAUGUUUGAGGAAUGGGUUACAGAUGCUUCGUUUGUCAUAUCACCGAGAAUAACUUUUGAAGUCAGUGUACGCCUUCUGGGUGGGCUGAUGGCAUUGGGAUACACAAUAGCAGCUAUCCUCAAAAGAAGUAGUCAUGUAUUCUCAGAUGAUAAGGUUUCUGUGAAAAUUGAUUGGUUGGAACAACUGAAUCGUCAAUAUGUUCAGGUGCAAGGAAGAGAUCGCUUGGUUGUAAAAUGUGUGGCUGAGCAGCUGGGUUUGGAUGGUUCAUACAUUCCCCGCACUUAUAUAGAACAAAUUCAGCUGGAAAAGCUUGUGAAUGAGGUUAUGGCAUUGCCAGAUGACUUGAAGACAAAGCUCAGCUUAGAUGAGGAUCUGGUCUCAAGCCCGAAAGAAGCACUUUCUCGAGCCUCUGCAGAUAGGAUUGCCAUGAGAAACAAGCAUCUUAAAAGUGGUAUGUCACACUCUUACUCAAACCAGAAUGACAAGAAUCUACCCAAAUUCACUGGAUUUGCUGUCCACAACCGAAGGUUUGAUGACAGAACUGCAGAAUCUCCAGCAGCCUUAGCAAACCAGGGAGUCAUUAUACAACUCUCAGAACAGAUUUCGACACUAACUGAGAGGAUGGAUGAGUUUACAUCUCGGAUUGAAGAGCUCAAUUCAAAGUUCACCAUUAAGAAAGUUUCUAGCACUCAACAAAGCAUGGCUCUUCAAGCUGAAGCCUGCAAUGGAUCUGCUCCCACUUCUUACUUCAUAUCUGGAUUGGGCAAUGGCUCCUUGACUGGAUCCAUGAUGCAUAAUUCCUCAUCUUCUUCCCAGUUGGCAAAAGAAUCUCCCCUGAUGGAAGAGAUAGUAGCUAUUACUCGAGGACAACGACAGAUCACGCAUCAAUUAGACAAUCUUAGCAAUCUACUCCGAGAGAAUUUUGGGGAGAGGUCUCAUCAACUAAGAACAGACAAGAAACACAUGACUGAUAUUGAAACUACUAGAGUUCCUCUGAUUUUAACCCUGGCGAUUGGUAGUUUAGGGGUACUCUUAUUUAAGUGUUUUCUACCCCGAAACUAAUUAAUCUGCCUAAUAUUAAUUCACAUAUUCCUUGCUUUCUUUUUUUAAUUCUCUAUUUUUUUUUGGGUCCCACAUCGUUGCAAAAUUUUACCCUUCUGCUCGGAAACAGUCAUUUGACAGAUCAGGCUCAUCUGUGAAUAGAGAUUCUGGAGGCAAAUAAAAGCUUUCGGGGUUCUCUUUGAGGUUUGUAAAAGAAGGGUGCUUUAGCAAAUUUUGCUACUGUGGGUCAGUGAUCUUUGUUAGAAAUUAGAAUAUGCUUGCUUCUCAUGAUAUUCUUAAUGAUCAAUACUAACUUAGAUUAA